AUAUUUUUGCCAAGCAAUCUGCGUCUUAUGGUAACCCUGUUAUUUUUCUAUUUCCCGUGAAUACACAUCUCUAUUAUAAUUCAUUGCACUGAAUUUAGGUGAAAUCAUAAGAAACGAGUGUGUACAAAAAAAAAAAAAAAUAAGACAAGUUAAAACAAAAGUUAAAAAGCACAAUAAUUGUUUCAGCAAGCGAUUUAAGUUCAUCCCCUAGUGGCCCACUGAAGAAGAAUAUUAUAAACAUUAAAGACGAUAGUUAAAAAUACAUAGUAAAACAAGAAUUCGAACGAAGCAUAUGACCAAUAGAAAAUCCAAUUAUAGCCACUAAGCUUGUUUCCCUAUCCUAGAAACCUACAAUGAUUGAAGAAAAUUUGCGGCUCAGAAUAUCGAAGCGGUCGCUAACGUUCGGACGUGUCUUUCUUGCAUCGUAUUCUGCAAGAAUCAAAGAAUUUAAGGAAUACCAACGGAAAAAAAAAAUUAAAAGGACGACCGUCGUCGGGUGUCUUCCUUGAAAAAAUUUAUUAAAUUAAUUUUUUAUUAAAAACUGAGCGAUAUUAAUUUUUUUUUAAAUAAAAAAAUCUUUACUGACCAAAAAGGACUUUGAAAGAGGGAUUUGAUAUCCUUGCCAAUGAAAAGGACUUUAAAAGUGAAUUUGAUUAAUUCUUUCUAAGAAGAAUUCAUUUAAAGUGAAAUUAAAACUGAUGUGUUCGUUGUGGAAGUUGAUAUAGAAAAAAAUAAAACAAAAUGGCGGAAAUAAUAUUCAAAAUCGGCUAUACCAUUCUUAUACUCUCAAUAACGUUAAUGAUAUGGGCUUCUUUGACCAGAGCCGCAUUUAUUCGAGAAAUGGAAGAAAUGCAUUACCCACCUUGUACGUAUAAUCCCCUGUGCACGUGUUCAAAAUCAUCGACAGAUCUGGGGAUAGUCCAUUGUCGAAAUGUACCGCUUCCAGCAUUACCAAAAAUGGUCAAUCAAUCAAAGGUUUUUAUGCUUCACAUGGAAAAUACUGGAUUACGAGAGGUUGAACCUUAUUUUCUACAAUCAACAGGAAUGUAUCGCUUAAAAAUAUCCGGAAACCAUUUAACCGAAAUUCCCGACGAUGCAUUUACUGGACUUGAAAGAUCACUUUGGGAACUGAUAUUACCCCAAAACGACUUGGUUGAAAUUCCCUCAAAGUCUUUUCGCCAUUUACAAAAACUUCGACACCUUGAUUUGGGCUACAAUCACAUAACACACAUUCAUCACGAUUCCUUUCGAGGAUUAGAAGAUUCCUUACAAUCGCUCAUUUUGAAGGAUAAUUGUAUUUCAAUGUUACAAUCGCACAGUUUUUCAGGUCUUUUGAUUCUAGAGACUCUUGAUUUGAGUGGAAAUAAUUUGUAUGAAAUCGAUCCGAGUGUCUUUCGAGAUGGAAUGCCAAGAUUAAUGAAAUUACUUUUGACCGAUAAUAUUUUUUCGGAAAUCCCUUACGAUGCUUUGGCUCCACUUAAAAAUCUAAAAACUCUAGAUAUGUCUCACAAUGUUAUUUGGUCAAUGUGUGGUAAUGAAACUUAUGGGACGAAAUCAUCAGCAAAGCUAAAUUUGGAUAGUUUGCAUUUGGAGUACAAUCAUAUUGAUAUAUUGCGGCCGAAUUCGUUUCAGAAUUUUGACACAGUUAAUCGAACAUUCUUUGAUGGAAAUCCCAUUCAUACUUUGAAGGAAGAUGCAUUCAAACCAGCCAAAAUUCGAGAGAUUUAUAUGAGAUAUUGUGGCCUGACGAACAUUUCUCCAGUGGCAUUUGAUAGUUUAGUGAAUUCCCUCCAAAUCUUGGAUCUAUCUGGGAACAACCUUACAGAUUUGCCUAAUAAACUCUUUAACAAUUUUGAUGUCUUGAGGGUGAUAAGCAUGCGUGAUAAUAAAGUAAAACUAACAGCACCAGCCGAAAUGUUCAAUGCCAUCCAAUAUACCCUUUUGAAAUUAGAUUUGAGUGGUGACAAGAACGAUCCGACCAAUUUGCAAGCUCUACGCAAUAUGACCAGAAUGAGAAACAUGAGAUCAUUGUCCAUAUCACGAAUGAGUGGGACAUCACUGGGCCCCGAUGACUUUGUGGAUUUCGGUGUGGAACUGGAAGAUUUACAAAUAACCAGAGGAGGACUGCAAACUGUACAAUCGCAUGCAUUUAAACACGUUCGUGGAUUGAAGAGGUUGGAUUUUAGUGAAAAUGGUAUUGGAUCAAUUGAGAAUGAUGCAUUUACAGAGAUUGGACACUCUUUGAUAUCUUUUAAAAUCUCCCAUGGUUAUUCUGGAAGUUCUUUGCCAGCAGAAGCUUUGAGACAUUUGACAUCUUUACAAGAACUUGAUUUCAGCAAUAACAAAAUAACCAGUAUGACUGAUACAAGUUUUCAUUUUUUGAAAAACUUGCGUUUGCUCGAAUUACAUGAUAAUCGUAUUGAACAAGUUAUGAAGGGUACAUUUCAGGGAGAUAUUCAUUCAAAAUUGGAAGAAAUAUCAUUGCGUUUCAAUCAAUUAGGAAGUAUUUCUCAGCAUACAUUUUUCGACUUAGAGGCACUUCGAGAACUUCAUUUGGAUGAUAAUAAAAUUGAGAAAAUCGAAAGAAGAGCUUUUAUGAAUUUGGAUGAGCUUGAACAUUUAAGUUUGAGAGGAAACAAACUCAACAAUCUUGCUGAGGAAUCUUUUCAAAAUCUGCCAAAACUGGAAGUGUUGGACAUGGCAUUCAAUUCCCUUCCCAAUUUCAAUUUCGAUUACUUUGAUCAGGUUGGCACUCUGUCAAAUUUAAAUGUUAACGUCAGCCAUAACAUGAUUAAAAUGUUAAUGUAUAAUUCAUCAUGGGUGACCCGUUCCGAACAUGGAUCGGUUUACCAUUCGAAUAUUAAAAUUCUCGAUUUAUCACACAACAACAUAUCACUUAUUCAUCCUGGAUAUUUCAGGCCAGCAGAAAUAUCCUUGACCCAUUUGCAUUUGGGCUACAAUUCUCUUAUGAAUGCAACAAGAGACGUUUUUGGUAACAUGCCACAUCUGCAUUGGCUGGAUAUAUCGCACAACUUAAUACGAGAAGUUGACUUUGAUGCCUUCAAGAACACAAAGAAACUUCAGGUUUUGUAUCUAUCACACAACAGGUUGACUGACAUGCCACAGGAUAUGUUUAAGCCCAUUUAUGCGUUAAGGGUGAUGGACUUGUCAUAUAAUCAUUUGCGGUCGCUGCCGGACAAUAUCUUUUAUAACGGAGGAAUGGAGAAAUUGGAUGUAUCACACAAUCAAUUGCUGAAAAUACCAUCAUCAUCUUUGUCAAGUUUAGCUGCUCUAACUCUAUGUGAACUUCAUUUAUCUAACAACUACAUUGCCACAAUUCACAGCAUGGACUUGUCCAAUAAAUUCAGGUCACUACGAUAUCUGGACAUUUCAUACAACUAUCUACUACGAAUCGACGAUGCAGUAUUUGCCACCAUGCCAAGACUAGCCGUUCUCGAUAUCUCACACAAUCGUGAUUUAAAAGUUAUGGAUAGAUCAUUUAUGGGAUUGGAAAAUUCUCUCAUCAAACUUGGCCUUGAAAAUGUCUCACUUAGUAUUGUUCCCGAAAUUCGAUUGAAACAUUUACGAGAGUUCCGUUUAGGCUAUAAUAACCUGCCGUCAAUACCACAAGAACUAGCACACAACAUGACAAAUUUAAGAAUGUUAGAUUUGUCAAAUAAUGAUUUAACAAAUGUACCUUUACUGACACAAUCGCUGCCACAUCUGAGAACUUUGAAACUUUCAGGCAAUCCAAUAACAUCAUUGAAUAAUAAUAGCUUUGAUGGAGUUAAUGAAGAUUUGGAGAUGUUGGAUAUUUCAAACUUUAGAUUGCAUAAUUUUGAGUAUGGUUCACUGGAAAGCCUUCCACAUCUGAGGUCACUAAAAAUAACAGCUUACUCACAUUUGAAAGAAUUCAACAUUCCGAAUUUGUUGGUUAAUCAUCAUAACAUUCGAGAGUUAUGGAUUGAAGCACCACAGCCAUUUAUGCGAAUAAUACCUCAAAGUCAGGGUCAAGAACCGAAGAUUGUUCAAAUGGGUUCACCAACAGACUUGAUGAAGGAAAUGUCUGGACAUUUGCCAUCAAAACUGAAAAACAUAACAUUUAGUGGACCACAAUUUUCAACAUUAGGAGAGACGAUAUUGAAAGGAAUGCGAUCACCGUACAUUUACAUUCAACUCUUUAACACAUCACUGCCAGGAUUUCCACCAAAUUUCUUCAAAGAUAUGGGCCGUGUUCGAAAUAUUUCGAUAGACAUUCGAUACCAUAAUCUUCAGAUGAAACAGAUACCAAAUCCAAAUACCGGAUCUGUGCCAUAUCUUCCAAAUAGUGUGUUCCUAACGGAUUUGAAAAUGUCAGGAAGUGAUCUCAACUGUGAUUGCAGUUUAGGUUGGGUAGAAUUCUGGCAACGAAAACGAAGACAAUACAUUUGUUCUUCUCAAAUAUGGACAGACACAGUGUUCCGAACAUUCAUGAACUCGCCAUGCCAAAUCUAUGGAAGACACAAUUGUGAUGACCACGAUGACGAUCUGAGGGAAACACGUUGUGCAAAUAAGAAUUCAGCACAACUCAUGGAGAUACUAAAAUCGGAACUUGAAUGCGGUUGGGAUUCGGGGAGACGUCUUGAAACGGUGAUGACGGUAAUAGCGCUUUGCCUGGCACUCGUCUUUUGGAUAUGAUUUCUAAAAUUUGUGUAUGACACUUCUGUAACGUUUUAUGAAAUUAUAGGAGAAGUUUACGGAAAACAAUUAAUUUAGACUUAAACUCCCGUAGUUAGAAUACAAAAAAAAAAAAAUUAAAACCAAAUGAAAUUUCGGCCAAAAAAAAACAAAAACACAAAUUU